GACGAGGACGGCAACACCCUGUCGGACGAGGACAUCUCGGCCGAGGCUGACACCUUCAUGUUUGAGGGCCACGACACGACAGCCAGCGGCUUGGCAUGGCUGCUCUACAACCUGGCCCGUCACCCCCAGUACCAGGAGCGGUGCCGCCAGGAGGUCCGCGAGCUCCUCAAGGGCAGAGACGUGGAGGACAUCGAGUGGGAGGACCUGUCCCACCUGCCCUUCACCACCAUGUGCAUCAAGGAGAGCCUCCGCCUGCACCCCCCCGUCACCGCCGUGUCCCGCCGCUGCACCGAGGACAUCGGCCUGCGUGACGGACGUGUCAUCCCCAAGGGCUCCGUUUCCAUCUCACCAGGGAUCAUCUGCCUGAUGAGCAUCUAUGGGACCCACCACAACCCGGACAUUUGGCCUGAGCCGCAGGGGGGCUUGGCGCUGGUCUACAACCCUCUGAGGUUCAGCCCGGAGAACAGCCAGGGACGGUCCCCGUUGGCCUUCAUCCCCUUCUCCGCCGGGCCCAG